AUGUCGGGCGAGGCGCUGGCGGCCUGGCACUGUCGCCAGGCGCCCGGGCUGGCCGCGCGGCCGCCGAGAGCGCGGGCUCGGUCCCUCCCCGGCGACUCCCGGGCGCUCACUCCAAAGCGGAGGUCGGAGUCGGAGUCGCGCCGGGCUCCGGCGGUCACUGCCGACCGGGAACGGUCGCCCAGCCCGGCCUGCCCGGCCCGGCGCGACCUGACAGCCCUGCCCGACCUACUCACUGCGGCUCCGCCGGGCCGGGGCGGCGGCGGCGGCUGCCCGCUCCCGGCGCGCUGGGCUCCCUCCGGCCGACCCGCCGGCGCGCGCGGCUGGCCCCGGCCGCCCGGGGGCUGUCCGCCGGGCCCGCCGCUCCGGGGCGGCCCCUUCCGAUCGCGGCCUCCCAGCCGAGUGCGCGAUCCCUGGGGUCUCCGCACCGCUUUCCCGGAACUCGCGCUGCGCGGGCUCGGCUCCGAGCCUCCGCGCGCGGCGGAGAAAUGCCGCCCCAGAAAGGGAAGGGAAAAACCAAAAGUGUAUCAAGGUGUCCGUGUGAAGAUCACGGUGAAGGAGCUGCUGCAGCAGAGAAGGGCUCACCAGGCAGCCUCGGGGGGAACCCUGUCCGGAGGGAACAGUGUCCACCUUUCAGAUCCAGUCACACCACCGUCUGCAGGUCAGUACAUGUAUUUUGAACCUGAACCAGUUUCUUCCACACCUAAUUACUUUCAACCCCGAGAAUUUCCCAGUUGUGUUUCUUGUGAAGAAAACCCAAGCUACCUCGACCAGAUCUUGGAUUCCUACCUUCAGACAGAGACACACCUGGACCCUUUGCUCGAUUCCACGCAAAGUGCUCCACACUACUUCCCGGACAGCUUCCAGGCCGCCCCCUUCUGCUUCAACCAGAGCCUGGCCCCAGGGUCAUCUUCAGAUUCCUCCACUCUCUCUGGCUCCUUAGACUUCAGUUACUCGCCGGCUCAUCUACCUUCGUAUACUCCGGAGAAUUACAAUCCUACCCCUUCUCUGGACACCAGUAACUGUGGCUAUCCCUCAGAAGACUACUCCUACCCUCACUUGCCCUCCCACGCCCAAUACGACUGCUUCUUCCCAGCCCCGACCUCAGGCUGCUACUGUGUGUCCUGCGAGGCAGAACACUUGGCCACCCUCGGAGCAUCCGAGUACUUUCCCUGUCCGGGCACGGACUGUGUGAACCUGGAUCCCUCAGCAGCAGCAGGCAGUGAUUUCUACCUGCGGGAAACAAACUGUGAUGUCUGCUACAGCUCAUAGAGUUUCAUUAACCUGGAGCAUGGCAUGCAUACGUCUGUCUUUCUGCUGCGCCAAAUGAGAACUUGAAAUAGGCAACCUGUUAACAAAACAUCACAGGUGCAGGUUACAGGUCACCAUUUUGCAUUUUCUGGCGCUGACUUAGGCAUUGAGAUGAAGUCCUCAGACCUGGUCAUGGCACUACCCCUACUCUGUACGCUUCCAGUGAAGUUUUGUAGGGAACAUUUAAUGGU